CUAAGGACAAAGCAGUGGCUGCUGCUUUCCAAGUGGAGGUGGAAAGGGAGUUCUGAAGGCCGUGCAGAGAGAGGAGGAGGAGGAGGAGGAGGAGGAGAGACGACGACGAUGGUGACGGUGAAAGAAGAGACCCGAAAGGGCCCGUGGACGGAGAAGGAGGACCUGCAACUGGUAUGCUUUGUGGGCUUACUCGGGGAACGUCGUUGGGAUUUCAUAGCCAAAGUCUCAGGUCUCAACAGAACAGGCAAGAGUUGCAGGUUACGCUGGGUUAAUUACCUGCACCCCGGUCUCAAGCGCGGCCGCAUGACGCAUCAGGAAGAGCGCCUCAUCCUCGAGCUCCAUUCGCGCUGGGGAAAUAGGUGGUCUCGCAUAGCUCGAAAGCUCCCGGGGCGCACCGAUAAUGAGAUCAAGAACUACUGGAGGACUCAUAUGAGGAAGAAGGCCCAAGAGCGAAAGAGAAACGCUCUCUCUCCGUCAUCAUCUUCGUCAUCUCUGACCUAUAAUUCGCCCUCUCGAAGCGAACCCCCAGCGGAGGAGGCUGGGUUGGAACAGCACGAGCUUAAUAGCGCCAGUGGUUGCUGCUGCGUAACUACAGGGUUUGUGGUGGAGGAGGAAGGUGCGAAGGGGUGGUACUCCAUGGAUCAGAUUUGGAAUGAGAUUGCAACCUCUGAAGCAGUCAGCGGGCUGAGCUUUGAGGGAUGUAAGAAUGAAGUCUGCGAUACUUCCUGGCCUCCGAUGCCCUCCCCUAUGUGGGAAUAUAGCCCUGAAUCACUCUGGAAGAUAGAUGAGGAAGAGUUCAAGAUGUUUCCUUCUGUUCAUGACCUAUUGGUCCCUAACUACCAUCACAGUUGAGAGUUUUGUAACUGGCGCUAUUAUACUUAGUUCUCUCUUGGCCUUUUGUUUGUAGAUGUGAAAUGGCUGGGAAGUAGAACCUCUGGUAGGAUGGAGCUAUUUCUCAUGUAAAAUUUAGGUAUGCUUAGUCGUAAGGCCCAUUGCGUGUUUGUAAGAUAGAUAUUCUACUGUGCUGAACUUGAUCGAACCAGACUAAUUUGCCUCCUAAGGAAUGUGUAACAGUUGUCUCUACAGCUAUGAGGUUUGUCGCCCGAGGAAGUUCUUGA